GCGGGGAGGAGGGGCAGGAGCUGGGACGUUGGCCCAGCAGGGCGGGCAGGGGGCUCCUGCAUCCCACGCACUGCUAACUGUUGCUGUGCCUGCCGUGGGUAGGCCAGGGAAACUGACCCCUUAUACAGAUGGGGAAACUGAGGCACGUGACAGUUUCAGUGGUUUGCCCGGGGGUCAAGUAGCGUGAGUUAAACUGUGAUCUGGCCUGUGCUACUUAUAACAGAGACCUCUGAGAUGGGCUCCUGGGAGGUGGCCAGGAGAGGGGAUCAAGGGACCGUGAGACAAGACCUUAGAGAAACUGGAGUUGCAUGGGACGGGGGUCUGGGAAGGAGCCAGUUAAAGGAGAGCAGUUCCACCACUGCACUGACCUGACCUCUCCUCCCAGCUCUUCCCAAAGAUCCCAAGGUUCCCAGGGCCGCAGAAGGGAAGGGGGUGCCCACACAUAAACACACACAGGAAAUAGUCUAUGAUGUCAGACAGGGGAUGGAGCAAACGGGAGGCCACACGGCCUUGACAAGGCCUGGGCUGUGGGACAGGACUCACCCCAGGAUGGGAGCACAGUUUGGGUUGCAGGUCAAGUUCCCUGUCGACCCACUCCUAUCUCCAGAGCAGCACAAGCCAGCGUCUGCUCUGAGCUGCGAGCGUGGCCGUGACUUGGUGUCUGGGGAGCCCUUCCCACACCAAGCCCGCUGAAGCCCUUCUGGAGGUGAGCACCACACCUCUCCUCACGCAGGAGGGUGCUGAGGCUCUGGGAAGGGAAAGGACUUGCUCAAGUCUACGCAGUGAGCAGGGCCAGGCACAAGUGCCGCAAUUAACAAAAGUAGGAAGAGCGAAAACCGGAUCCAAGGGCCUGAGGGCCCAAGGACAGCUGACCCGGGCCCUGAGGCUGGAGGGACUCAGCCCCCUUUGGAAUGCUAGGAACUGAGCUGGGAACAGAGAUCGCUGGCCUGUAGCUACCCAUUCCACACAAGACAGCGGGUCCCUAGGGGCAAUGACUGAGGCCCCAGAAUAGGACAGGGCAUCCCACAUGUCAGUCAGUGGCAUGGAAUGAAGGCCGGUACUAAACUGACCUCAGAAGAGCCCUUCUGGGAGGCUGCAUCUCACUCGCUUUGCUCUCCACCAGGCCGCCCAGCCCAGCACCCAGAGCCCAGCCCACCAGAGCCCCAGGCCCUUGAAGGGUGCCAGGCUGGAGCAGAGGGGCCCCUCAGCCCUGAGGCACCUCGGAGCCCUGCCCGGGGGGUGUACCUGCAAAGCCUGGAGCCCAGCAGCCGCCGAUGGGUGCUGGGAGGGGCCAAGCCACCUGAGGAGGCGCCUCUGGGGCCAGGGAUACCGAGCAGUGGGGAACCCGCUGGUGAGAUCUGGUACAACCCCAUCCCUGAGGAAGACCCCAGACCCCCAGCACCUGAGCCAUUGAGGCCACAACCAGGCUCUGCUGAGCCAGAGAGCCCAACCCACCAAGGUGCAGCCCCUGCCAGCCCCCCAACCAAAACCUCCCGCACCAAGUCCCCAGGCCCCGCCAGACGCCUCUCUAUGAAGAUGAAGAAGCUGCCUGAGCUGCGGCGCCGCCUGAGCCUGCGCGGGCCCAGAGCUGGCCGGGAGCGCGAGAGGACGGCCCCAGAGGGAUCUGUCAUCACCCGCUACCACCUGGACAGCAGUGUGGGGGCCCCCAGGACGAGGGCAGCAGCCGGGUGCACUCAGAGCGCCAGGGCCGGGUACUUCAAUGACAGAGACUCCCCCGAGUGCCCAGCGGGCCCCCCCUCACCUGCUGCCUUUCAGCCCUAUGAAGCAGGCCCAGCGGCCCGGGUGCUGCCGGCUGCACUCUGGGGCCGCCUCAGCCUGCACCUAUAUGGGCUCAGAGGACUGCGACCAACACCAGGCGCCACCCCGAGAGACCUCUGCUGCUUGCUGCAAGUGGAUGGGGUAGCGAGGGCCCACACAGGACCCCUGCGAGGAGGGCCGGACUUCCUGCAGCUGGACCACACCUUCCACCUGGAGCUGGAGGCCGCCCGGCUACUGCGGGCCCUGGUGCUUGCUUGGGACCCCGGCGUGAGGCGGCACAGGCCCUGUGCCCAGGGCACUGUGCUGCUGCCCACAGUCUUUCGAGGCUGCCAGGCCCAGCAGCUGGCCAUCCGCCUGGAGCCCCAGGGGCUGCUCUAUGCCAAGCUGACCCUGUCAGACCAGCAAGAAGCAUCUGCCACGGCUGAGCCCCGUGUCUUCGGGCUGCCCCUGCCACUGCUGGUAGAGCGGGAGCAACCCCCAGGCCGGGUGCCUCUCAUCAUCCAGAAGUGUGUUGCACAGAUCGAGCGCCGAGGGCUGCGGGUAGUGGGCUUGUACCGUCUGUGUGGCUCAGCAGCAGUGAAGAAAGAGCUUCGGGAUGCCUUUGAGCAGGACAGUGCGGCUGUCUGCCUCUCUGAGGACUUAUACCCUGAUAUCAACGUCAUCACAGGCAUCCUCAAGGAUUACCUUCGAGAGUUGCCCACCCCUCUCAUCACCCAGCCCCUCUAUCAGGUGGUCCUGGAGGCCAUGGCCCAAGGGCCCCUGAGCAGACUUCCUCCAAGUCCUGAGGGCACCCGAGGGCUCCUCAGCUGCCUGCCAGAUGUAGAAAAGGCCACGCUGACGCUUCUCCUGGACCACCUACGCCUCGUCUCCUCCUUCCACGCUCACAACCGCAUGACACCGCAGAACUUGGCCGUGUGCUUCGGGCCCGUGCUGCUGCCGGCGCGCCAGGCAUCCGUCCGGCCCCGCAUCCGCAGUUGUGGCACAGGAGUCACCAGUGCAGUGGACUUCAAGCGCCACAUCGAAGUGUUACACUACCUACUGCAAUCUUGGCCAGCUCCCCGCCAGUCCCCAGAGGCUCCAGACGUCGCACCAUACUUGCGGCCCAAACGACAGCCGUCCCUGCACUUGCCGCUAACGAGUCCUGAGGUGGUGACUCGGCCCCGAGGCCGCGGAGGUCCAGAGAGCCCCCCAAGCAACCGUUACGCUGGAGACUGGAGCGUUUGCGGACGGGACUUUCUGUCCUGUGGGCGGGACUUCCUGUCCGGGCCUGACUAUGACCACGUGACAGGCAGCCACAGCGAUGAGGACGACGACGAGGCAGACGAGCAGAGAGGCGCUGCCGACUUCGAAGACGUGUUUGAUGCGCCCUUCAAUCCGCACCUGAAUCUUAAAGACUUUGACGCCCUCAUCCUGGACCUGGACAGAGAGCUCUCUAAGCAAUUAAACGUGUGCCUCUGAACCCGUGCAGCAGGGCAGGACCCUGGUUACUAAGGCAGGGCCCUUAGUAACCUAGGAGGACCAGUGUUGCAUAGGCCGAGCUCCUGGCUGCUAGGAGAGUUGCCAAGGGACCAGCCUCCUAGGCUAAAAGUCAUCCCAAUUUUCUGUGCCAUUUAUUUGGGCACUAGUUGCAAAGGCCAGGCACGGGAUUUUAGGGACUAGCUGUUGUGGCCAUCUUUCUUUAGCGCCAGGACUAUGCCUCUUGUUGCCAGAAGGCAGUUCUGCUUGCUAGGCUGGCCUCUCUUGCCACCCCUUUGCUGGGGUAUACACCAGUUACUGUGAGCAUCACUCUGGGGGUCUGAGACACCCCUUAGUCCUCUUGCUGCUGCCAACCAAAUCAGUAUUAGCUUUGAGCACUGCACUCUGUUUCUCCCUCCCUUGGAGGACCCAAGGACUAUCGUGAGAUACUGUUUGAGGACAAGCAGCCCCUAUCCUGGGCUCCAGCUGGAUAGGGGCAGCCUGCGGAUUGUAGAAAAACAGCUGGUUCCCCCACCCUCUUUUCCAGGGAAGAACCAUGAUAGGCCUCCAACCAGCCAAUGGAGAUGACAGAGUCUGGCCUUGCCUCCCUCUCCUCCCCGUCUCUACUCCUAAAAAAAUUGAGCA